AUGGACUGUGAUGCAGAUAAUGAAGCCUUGCAGUUAGGUGUUGCUAAAGUAGAGGAUUUCUCUCUCCCAGCAUACUUUGAUCGUCGGGAUUCUCCCCUUCCAGACAUAGAGUAUGUAAGAAACCUUGACAAGGAUCAAAAGGCACUGAAAGAAAAAGAAAAGGGAUCAUGGGCUACCUUGAACAAGGAAGAAAUUCUUUCAUUGUAUCGCAUUAAGUUUCAGAAUACAUUUGCUGAAAUGAACAAACCGUCAUCUGAGUGGAAGACUGUUGUGGGUGGAAUUCUGUUCUUGACUGGAUUCACAGGUCUCAUUGUUUGGUGGCAAAGGAUGUAUGUCUAUGGCGAUGUUCCUCAUACACUGAGUGAAGAAUGGCAGGCUCAGCAAGUGAAGAGAAUGCUGGACAUGAGAGUGAAUCCAGUAGAGGGCUUCUCUGCCAAGUGGGACUACGACAAGAAUGAGUGGAAAAAAUGAACUGAUUUAAAGGACCAGAUCUGCAGUUUACUUGAAUUUCAGUAGCUCCAUUAUUAACAGAUUACCUCGUGCUUAUGUUUCUCUGGCAUUUUCCUGGCAUUUGGGACCGAAAUAUUAAAAUUUAUUCCUACUUCAAUAA